GGAGGAGUCUUCUUUAUAAAAGUCUGGGUGUCAGUCAGUGAGGUUCUGCCAUUUUUGCCAUGAUGCUGAAGCUGGGGAUUUUGAUCGCCAUUGCUGCGUUUCUGAAGACGGCCUCUGCUUCCUCUCUCGGUGUGGUGCAAACCGAGGGAGGGAGGGUUGAGGGCAAAAAGAUUAGUCUUGGAUUAUUCCGUUCCAUGGACGUCUUCAAGGGAAUCCCUUUUGCUGACGUUCCUGGAAGAUUUGAGAAACCAAAGCCUCACCCUGGAUGGGAUGGCAUUCUAAAGGCCACAGAGUACAAGCCCAGAUGCCUUCAGCUGAACCUUUUAAUGAAUGACCACAGGGGCAGCGAGGACUGUCUGUACCUUAACAUCUGGGUUCCUCACGGCAGCUCAGUGUCUCGUGAUCUGCCUGUCAUGGUUUGGAUCUUUGGGGGAGGAUUCCUAGUUGGAGGCUCCAUGGGCGCUAACUUCCUGGAUAACUACCUGUACAGCGGGCAGGAGAUGGCAGACAGAGGAGAUGUUAUUGUAGUGACACUGGGGUACCGUGUGGGAACUAUGGGGUUCCUGAGCACUGGAGACUCUAGUUUGCCAGGAAACUAUGGUUUGUGGGAUCAGCACACUGCCAUCGCCUGGGUGCACAGAAACAUCAAGUCAUUUGGAGGCGACCCUGACAACAUCACCAUCUUUGGGGAGUCUGCAGGUGGAGCUAGUGUUAGCUUCCAGACUCUCACUCCACACAAUAAAGGGCUCAUCAGGAGAGCCAUCUCCCAGAGUGGGGUGGCACUUUGCCCCUGGGGAAUCAACAAAAACCCUCGCAAGUUUGCCGAGGAGGUCGCUCUGAAGGUCAACUGCCCAACCGAUGACAGAAUGGCUGCCUGUUUGAAGAUGACUGAUGCCGUGACCCUAACAAUGGCAGGCACUCUCAAUUUGUCCAGUUCACCCGAUAACCCCCUUGUGUACAACUUGGUGCUGUCUCCUGUGAUCGAUGGCGACUUCUUGCCAGACGAUCCUUCCAACUUGUUCGACAAUGCAGCUGAAAUUGACUACAUUGCUGGAGUCAAUGACAUGGACGGACAUAUUUUCACCGCCCUUGAUGUUCCAUCAAUCAACUCUCAGCUGAUUGAUACCCCAAUAGAGGAUGUGAAGAGGCUCUUGGGAGCCUACACAAAGGAGAAGGGCACGCUUGGUAUGGACAAUGCCUAUUCCACGUACACCUCAACCUGGGGAAGUAAUCCCAGUAGAGAGACCAUCAAGAAGACCAUUGUGGCCAUCGGAACAGACUACAUUUUCCUGGUUCCUACACAGGCUGCCCUUUAUCUUCAUGCUGACCAUGCCACAACUGGACGCCCCUACUCCUACCUAUUCUCUGAGCCCAACCGUAUGGGCAGUUUAGUCAUGCCCUACCCAAGCUGGAUGGGAGCUGACCACGCUGACGACCUGCAGUACGUGUUCGGAAAGCCUUUCACCACACCACUUGGAUACUGGCCAAGCCAUCGCCGUGUCUCCAAAUACAUGAUUGCCUACUGGACCAACUUUGCCAAAACUGGAGAUCCCAACAAAGGAGGUUCAGAUGUGCCUGCUACCUGGCCAGAAUUCACCAGAAGUGGACCAGAGUUCCUGGAGAUCCAUUCUGACAUGGACAAGAACUAUGUGCAGCAGCAGCUGAGGCUGCGUUAUGUGCAUUUCUGGACCAGUGUCCUGCCCAACCUUCCUGUAGUUGUCUAAGAAUAAGUAGCAUGUGCAUAUAUGUGGAUGUGAAAUAUUAUAUCACUGCUUUGUGAAAAAUAAAUGGAUAGCAGACAAAAAUAUUAA